GGCAGCUUCUGAGCUCAAUCACUAGCAGCAGAGCAGCAUUGCACAUGGCAACUCCUCCAUCUCCAACGCCAUUAAUGAAGUUGCUCGCCGUCUCUCUCCUCUGCUCUCUCUUCUUCCUUCUUGGCUCUUACACCAAGUACUCCAUCACCAUUUCUCCUCCCCUACAAGCUCCCCACUUGCCGUCGCCCUCUCCCUGCCUUCCUCUUCCAAUCAACUUCACCUCCAUCCACCAGUCCGCUCUCUCUCCAAGGCGGCCCCUUGACUUCGAGCCUCACCACUCCAUCCCUCUCCCUCCCCCUCGAGAAAAGGCCGCCCAUUUCUUGGCCCCCUGCCCCAAGAACUACACCAACUACUGCCCCUGCCACGACCCGUCGAGGCAAAAGAGAUUCGCCAUUGAGAGGUUCUUCCACAGGGAGAGGCACUGCCCCGAGACCCAUGAGCGACUCCGGUGUCUGGUCCCGAGGCCGGUGGGCUACAGAACCCCCUUUCCAUGGCCUAAGAGCAGAGACUAUGCCUGGUUCAAGAACGUGCCUUUCCCUAGGCUCAUCCUCUACAAGAAGACUCAGAACUGGGUCAAGUUGGAGGGCGACCGCUUCUUCUUCCCUGGUGGAGGGACUUCGUUCCCGAUGGGCGCCAAGGGUUAUGUCGAUUUGAUUAAGCGGGUCGUGCCUUUGAAGUCCGGGGCUAUAAGGACUGUUCUUGAUGUCGGUUGUGGGGUUGCAAGCUUUGGAGCUUCUCUGUUGGAUCUCAACAUCAUCACUAUGUCCAUUGCUCCAGUAGACAUACACGAAGCCCAAGUACAAUUUGCCCUGGAGAGAGGACUUCCAGCGAUGCUCGGCAUACUAAGCACCUACAGAUUACCGUACCCAUCAAGAUCUUUCGAUAUGGCUCACUGUUCUCGCUGUCUUGUUCCAUGGACUAAUUAUGAUGGACAAUAUCUGAUGGAAAUCGACAGGGUGCUGCGCCCCGGUGGUUAUUGGGUGUUAUCUGGACCACCUAUAAGUUGGAGGACCAGCUACAAGGGUUGGCAAAGAGAGGCUAAGGAGUUGGAAAAUGAGCAAAUUGGUCUGGAAGAUCUUGCCAAGAGGCUGUGUUGGAAGAAGAUUGCUGAAAGGGGACCCAUUGCCGUUUGGAGAAAGCCUACCAACCACGUGCAUUGCAUUCAAAAGUUGAAGGCUUGGAAAUCGCCCAAGUUAUGUGCUCUCGGUAAUCCGGAUGCUGGUUGGUACACGAAGCUAGAAAAAUGCAUCACCCCUCUGCCGAAAGUCAACAACAUCCAUGAGACAUCAGGCGGUACCCUUGAGAAAUGGCCGAAAAGAUUAAAUACUGCUCCUCCAAGGACUAGAAGUGAGAUGAAAGAACGAAUUGCAGCUAAGGCCUUCAAUGAAGAUAAUCAGUUAUGGAAAAAGAGAGUUUCUUAUUACAAGAUAAUCCUCAAAUCCCUUGCCCGAAGGAAAUAUAGAAAUGCCAUUGAUAUGAAUGCUGGCCUUGGAGGAUUUGCUGCUGCACUGGCUAAGUAUCCAGUUUGGGUGAUGAAUGUUGUCCCAUACGAUGCGAAGAAUAAUACACUCGGCAUUAUCUAUGAGCGUGGCCUUAUUGGAACAUACAUGAACUGGUGCGAGGCCUUCUCUACAUAUCCUCGGACUUAUGAUUUGAUUCAUGCCAAUGGUCUGUUCAGCGUGUACAUACACAAGUGUGACAUUCUUGACAUCCUCCUCGAGAUUUAUCGGAUUCUUCGCCCUGAAGGUGCGCUGAUCAUAAGGGAUCAUGUUGACAUAAUUGUCAAAGUGAAAGAUAUGGUGGAUCGAAUGAGGUGGAAUGGCAAGGUAUUUCACAGCGAGAACGGGCCAUACCAUCCUCAAAAGGUUCUUCUCGUCGACAAUUCCGAACAGAUAAGUUCGUGAGUCAUUUUUGUAUCGCGUACUCGAAUUAAAGCAUCUGUAUCAUUUAUAGGCCUAGAGACAUUACCUCGUUUAGGUGCAUCUGUUUCUGAGUUUUUGAGAGGAAGCUACUGGCAGUGUGUCCGGGAAGGUACUGAUUCCCAGAGGCAUCAAAUGCCAAGAAGUUGCUGAUCACUGAUGUUGGCUGGCAAAUGCAAAGGAACAUCCUGACUGUAUCAA